GACACGCCGACCGGAAACUGUAACUGCUGACAGAAUGAAAACAAACUAUUGUUCCCAGUAUCUUUUUCACUUACUUUAUUUGUCAUAUAUCAUCCUUAAAUAGAAUACGAUGAAUGUCAUAUUUAUAAUGAAUCAGUGUGGAGGGACCUGGUGGUAUGACUUAUUUCAUCUGAGCGCCAUUUGAUGAAGUAGUGAGCCGACGGUGUAAAGAGCAGAGCACCGGCUGUGAGUAGGCUGUAACAGUUAGUUGUGAAGGCGAAGCAAUCCUGCACUCUAAGUGACCAACUAUCCGAGCUAGCGAUAUAUUCCUAGCUGACGAUACUGUUAACCAUGGAACAUCAACAUGAGCAAUAGUUGUAUCACUGAGUCCGUUGCGUAACGGUUUCGGCGAUAUGUCCAGCCGACAGUGUUUAUUAAAGCCCUCAGUUGCCUGACAGCUACGGUACAGGCCUGCUUCUUCCAUCUGGAAAUUUCUUGCCAGCGGAAAACAUCCAGCUAGCACUGCUUCAGCGCACUGUUUUGAUGGUGCCGUUUUUUUCACGACCAAUCCAUUGACACGGAUGCAUCUCAAUCCGAGAACAUUUUAACUGCAAAAGGUAUUUUAUGGGAGUGAUACCGGCAAAAGAAAAGCGGGCCUAAGCCAAAAUGGUGAACUGGAGGCGGCUGCUGCGAAUGUCCAACCGAUCGUUUCUGGCCUUCAUAUUCUUCUGCACCAUGUCCACCACUUGUCUAUACUUCAUUUACGUGGCUCCUGGAAUAGCCAACACAUACUUCUUUAUGGUGCAGGCGCAAGGCAUCAUGUUGAGGGAUAAUGUGAGGACCAUUGGCCAGAUGAUUAGAUUGUACACCAUCAAGAACAACAGUACUCUCAACGGGACAGAUUAUCCUGAUGGCAGUAACUCCAGUGAAUACCUGGCCCAGCCAACUACGUACCUACCUGAGAACUUCACCUAUGUUCAGAACCUCCCCUGCCCAGAACGAUUACCUUCUAUGAAGGGCCUUAUGGAAGUGAAUAUGUCAGAGAUCCCUAUGGAAGAGAUAGAACGCAAGUUCUCCAAGUUUUUUGACAUUGAAUUUGGAGGCCAUUGGAAACCAAAGGACUGCAGAGCUCGUUGGAAGGUGGCCAUCCUGAUUCCAUUUAGAAACCGUCACGAACACCUCCCUAUCCUCUUCCAACACCUCAUUCCGAUGCUACAGAGACAGCGCCUGCAGUUUGCCUUUUAUGUCAUCGAACAGAGUGGGACGCAGCCCUUCAAUAGAGCCAUGCUUUUUAAUGUUGGAUUCCUGGAGGCCAUGAAGGACUUGAACUGGGACUGCCUGAUUUUCCAUGAUGUUGACCAUAUCCCAGAGAAUGACCGAAACUACUACGGGUGUGGUCAGAUGCCACGCCACUUUGCUGCCAAGCUGGACAAAUACAUGUACAUUCUUCCAUACAAUGAGUUCUUUGGUGGUGUCAGUGGACUCACUGUGGAGCAGUUCCGCAAGAUCAAUGGCUUUCCCAAUGCUUUCUGGGGUUGGGGAGGAGAAGAUGAUGACUUGUGGAACAGGGUUUAUUACGCUGAUCUGAAUGUCACACGACCAGAGGGAGAGAUCGGCAAGUACAAGUCAAUUCCUCAUCACCACAGAGGGGAGGUGCAGUUUCUUGGGAGGUACAAAUUGCUGAGGUAUUCCAAAGAGCGGCAACACUUGGAUGGCCUCAACAACCUCCAUUACAGCCCCCACAUCUCUCUCAGCAGCCUCUACAAGAACAUCUCAGUGGACCUGUACCCUGGGCUUGCUCCUGUCACAGACCACUGAAUAAUCCCAACCAAUCCUUUCUGCACUCACCAAACCCACUUUUGGCUGGCACCCCCCUGGAAAAGAGGAUGGAAGCACAGAAUGGGAGGGAGGAAGAGGUGCACCAUGCAAUGCUGCCAAGUAAUGUUGCUGUGGGAUGAAAAAUCCAAAUUGAAAACCAAUGUAAAAAAACUGAAUUAGCAGUUGAAAGUCUGUAAAACUGAACUGUGUGUGUGUGUGUGUGUGUGUGUGUGUGUGUGUGUGUGUGUGUGUGUGUGUGUGUGUGUGUGUGUGUGUGUGUGUGGCUACAGCUGCCUUUCUGAGGACCGGUUUGACUUUUAAACCAUCAGAAUGAGGACACUCUAAUUUGGCGAUCCACACUUCUUUACAAGGCUGUUUGAGGGUCAAGACUCAAUUUGGGGGUAAAGGUUACUUAAUCUUAAACAGACUUUAAUGAUCCGCUGAUCCACAAGGGAAAUUGCGUGGUCAUAGUAACUUAGUUGUUAGAAAAAGAUCAGCUGGCAUACAGCUGGAAGGAGUAAGGAAUAAAAAGUUCUGUUAGUGUUCAUUAUGGGAGCGGAGCUGAAUCAGUCUGCUGGAGAAUGAACUCCUCUGUCCCUCAAUUGUUACUUUGUUGUGGUGGAUGGGAUGGAUUCUCCAUAAUGGAGAGCAGUUUAUCCAGUGUCCUCCUGUUCCUCACUGAGACAACAACUCCUACUCCCUACUAAUCGCAUGUCCAACCGUUUGGAUCAAUUUGUUGACAGAUGUCUUUUUUGCUGGUACUACUUGCCCAACAAACCACAGCAAAGUACAGGGCACUCACUACAACGGACUAGUAGUCUAGUACUGCACACAUUGAAAGACCAGAGCUUCCUGAGAAAGCAGAGUCUAUUUAGGACCUUCUUCUACAUAGCAUCAAUGUCCCUCCAGUCCAGCCUGUUGUUCAUGUACACUCCCAGGUACUUGUAGUGGGCCACUACUUCCAUCUCUAGGACCUGGAUGGUGAUGACCUCACUGGUGUCCUCUUCCUCCUGAAUUCAGUGACCAGCUUCUUGGUCUUCUCCAUGUUCAGGAGUAGGUGGUUUGCCUGGGACCACGCCACAAUGUCCGUGAUCAGUGUUCUGUACUCCACCUCCUUUCCAUCCCUGAUACACCCUACCACUGCAGAGUCAUCAGAGAACUAAUGCAGGUGGCAGCACCCAGAACUGUAUCGGAAAUUAGAGGUGUAAAGAGUGAACAGAAAAGGAGAUAGGACAGUCCCCUGUAGUGUUCCCACAUUACUGACAACAGUAUCUGACAGGGAGCCCCCCAGCUACACAUACUGGGGCCUGUCAGACAAGUAAUCAGCAAUCCAGGAGACAGUGGAGGAGCUGACACCCAUGUAGCAACUCAUAAUGCAAUAGUGGCUCAUAAUGUAAUACAGGUAGGUUGCAGGCUGGUUUUUUUGAAGCGUCUUGAGACGAUUUGUAUUGUUAUUGGCGCUAUAUAAAUAAAACUGAAUUGAAUGUAAUAAAACUUCAUAAUGUAAUAAUUGACUAAUAAUGUAAUAAAAUCAUGAAUGAAUAAUGAGAAAACUGCUGCAUUAUCGUAAUGCAUUGGUUUUGUAUAGCACUUUAUCAAAGAAACUCAAAGUCGCUUUACAUUAUUUUUACAUUAUUCAUUCGCUCACCUUGGUCCAUACAAGUUAUGAACAGAACCGAUGACAAAUGGCAGACCUGGCAGGGUCCAACCCUCACCGUGAACAGACCUAACUUACAGUCGGCUGCACAGACAAAACUUGUGUGCCUUUCAUACAGGGACUGAAUGGCCAUUAUCAAGGGGCCGUCCACCCCAUACUCCCAGAGCACUCUCACAGGAUGCCUCUGGGGACACUUGUGUAAACCUUCUCCUAAUCCACGAAACACAUGUGGACUGGUUGGGCAAACCCCUCGAGGACCCUAGCGAGGGUAAAGAGCUUGUCCUCCUCGAUCCGAGGUUCAAAGGUUAUAAAGCCAUUCCUUCCAAGACCUGACAAUAGCACCAGUUAAUGUCAGCAGCAGUGAGUGAGUUGCUGCCUACCACCCCUGAAUUGCUAGACAGUUUGCCAGAAUCUUUUCAGAGUCGACUGAUUCUCUUAUUCCAUAGCCUCACCGAACUUAGCCCACGAGUCCAGCCCCUGGCCUGGCUCCAGGGUGGGGCCCUGGUAACCCUCCAUUUAGGGUCUUCUGAACCAUCCUUUGUUUGACCCUUUGGGGUCAGCAUAGCUCCUAGGGUCCACCACGGUAAGGUGACGGUUCAAGGAGGAGAGAAGUCUCUUCAGUUAUAUUCUACAACCUCUUAUCCUCACUAGGGUCGCGGGGGUUACUGGAGUCUAUCCUCGUUGUCAUUGGGUGAGAGGCAGGGUACGACCUGGACAGAUCACGCAGUUAUAAUUUAUGGCCAUGUAUUAUUUAUGCAUAUUGUUUAAUUAAAUUUAUUUGGACUUAUGUUUUUACUUGGGUAUCCUGACAGGCUAUGUUCACACACUUGCCUGACAGGCUGCUAUCAUAUAGUGAUUUAGUGAUUCACUUAUUACUGUGUCCUAUAUUUAUUGUAGCAACAGUUAACACAGAAAAUGCUCUUUUAAGUCAAAUGAAUUGCUGUUCCCCUCCUUGGUUACUGUCAUGCCACCUAUAUACAAAUCAUUAUUCAAACACAGACCUCUUCCACUAGUGCAUAUUUAUUGUCAGUGUGUUCAGUUUUGACCACUUAGGCUUCUCUUCCUUGUUACGUAUAUGUAUUGGGGGCAGAGGUAUAUGCAUAUAAGUUUUGCAGAAAUUGUGACAGAGACACAGAGGUGAAAGCAUUUCAUUCCACCCCUGCAGAAAUGACAGAGGUAAAAAUUAUGAUAAUGCAACACUUUUAUCACAGUAUUAGCCAUUAUUACAUUAUGAGCUGUUAUUACAUUAUGAGCAGCACCAGUAAGGCUCAUAAUGUAAUAAGUUAUUACAUUAUGCACAAAGUUGUUAUUACAUUAUGUGCUCCUGAUUUUAUUAAAUUUAUGCUAUUAACAUUAUAAGCUGUUAUUACAUUAUGAGCCAUUAAUACAUAUACACAAUAUACGUUGCUACAAAUCAUCCUGAACAACUUGUCACUCAUCAGAAAGUUGAAUGGUGUUAAAGGCACUGGAGAAAUCAAAGAACAUGACUCACAGUGACCUUCCCACGAUCCAGGUGAGUGUGCUGCAGCAGGUAUAUUACAUCGUCAUCCAUACCAACAUGAGGCUGAUCGAAAAAAGAAUAGAGUCCAAGACAGAGUCCACCAUUUUAUUUCUAUAGCAUCAAUAACAAUACAAAUUGUCUCAAGGUGCUUUACAAAAACCGUUGAGGUAAGAUGGGAUGUUUGGAUUAGGGUAAGAGUUAGGAUUAGGCACUAAAUUGAGAUGGUUAGGGUAAGGGGCCAGGGAAUGCAUUACACAAAUGUAUGUCCUCAUAAAGGUAGUUAUACAAACGUGUGUGUGUGUGUGUCUGAAACAGAGAAAGAGAGAGAGAGUGAUGGGUGUGUUGCUACAUGUCUUUUUGUUUGUGCUGCAAGCCUACAUAAGUCUUUGUGUCAGUUGGAGGUAGCAGUAUUAACUCAGCUAUAAUGUCAACUGCGAAGCCUUAAGGUGGCCACCACAGUGACCACUGCACUGCUUCACUUCUGAUCAAUCACCUUACAAACCAACAACCAAGGUCUUCUCAAUUUCUGUUGGUUUUAUACAUAUCAUCUUGUUAUGACAAAGUAAUCCUUUAAAAGGAGGGAUGUACAUUUUUUUUUAUUUUGAUACAGUAUUUAUUUUCUCUCAAUCAUGAUGUCUGAAAAAACACUCAUGUCUCAGUCUCUAUAUUUGGUAUUUGUUUUGCAAUUGCUGUACUGCUGCUGAAGUCGCAUGAACAUGUAUGUAAAUAUCAGCCUUUCAACGCUUGAACAUGGAACACAGAUAUGUAAAUAUGAGCCUUUAAAUGCUCCUGCUUAUUAGUGAUAUCUAAUGGGGAUUCAGUUUUAUUUUGGCAGCUACCUUUGUUUUGAGGAUUUAAUAAGAGUGACUGAUUUCUUUGUUCCAGGAAAACUGUAGAAAAUGUUUGUCUCAAAGUAUUUAAAUCUUUAAGUUUGACUAAAUACCAUUUGCAUGCCUUAAUUUAUUUAAUCAGGUAGAGAUGUGUAUAUUUUUUAAUUUUGCCUUUUGUUGUGGUUUUAGAUGUUUUUUUUUAUUUUAUUAGUAUUAUUUAUACAUUUAUAUUUGCCUUGUGAAUGUGUAGAAGGGGAAGGGUCAGGGUUGAGUUAACAUGAGUAUAUCUACACACCUCACUUUAGUUUUUUUUUUUUUUUUUUUUUUACUUUAGUUCAUGGUCUCAUGUGAGCUUUUGAAUUUCUUUAUUUUUUUUAUGAAUUUUAUUGUAAGAAAUUUUAGUGUUGGGCAGUAUGAUAAAGCUUUUCAUUGCACUGUACCAUGCGUUGAAGCAUGGCAAUCUGGGCCAGAUUUUGUGUACCAUGUCUCUGUUUUUUUUGUUGUUUUAAUUCUUGCAAGGUAAUGAGAAGAGCCCAAAUCAGUCAUUAAACUUUGCUGUCAGCUCCUUGCUGCUAAUGCUUUUCUUGAAUAGCACAUGCAGCUGAAACUUUAAUUCUCUAAAGUUUUGAGCAUAUGAAAGAGUGAAACCGAUCAAUAGAGUUUUGAAUAAGAUAUUCUUCUCUAUGGUUCUAGGUUUUGAAUUUAACGUUUUGACAUUUGAAUUGUAUGUUUGGACAUUGUCUUUGUACGCCCUAAGUCAUUACAUAUGUUUCUAUUUCAGUCCAUCCACCAGUGUCACCAAGACACGAGAUAUGUAGAACCAAAUAAUCUAUUGCUCUGUGGCUCCUAUUAAUGCCCAUGUGUACAAACCAACCAAUCACACUAGGUCAUGAAACCAUUAAUACUUAUGUACAUGUACAAAUAUGUAUAAAUGUCAUUUUUUAAGCAAAAUGUUACCUUUUGCUCAUAUCACGUGGCCCUCAUUAGCAGAUGGAGUUUGCCUAUUGUGACAGAAUUGUAAAUUUUAGAUAGCAACACAAAGUCUGCUGUGGGGAUGCACUGCGGGUGCUGCAGACCAUAGAUCACAGACAUCUUAGUUCAUUCAGUAGCACAUGCUACUAUGAGUGCACCACCUGAUACUGCACUAGUCAAAUUCCACUCAAAUUCCAUUCAUUUUAUGCUUUAACAUUUGAGGUAGUGAAUCUGGACAUGUGAAGCCUAUGAACUGAUUGUUGUAAUUGAUUGUUUGUGCUUUCAAUGCAUUGCAUUACAGUAGACCUGGACUCAAGGACUUCAGGGAAAUUGUAUUCCCAACAUCAAACACCCUAAUGAAUAUAGCAUUGUUUAACCCAAUGUACAAUCUGUCUUUUGUAUAGUUUCAAAGAACUUAACGUUGAUUAAUUUGGAGAAAUAAUUUGGGGGCUGUGGUGCAGUGGUGAGAGGCACAGCUUGGGGUUCGGAGGGGUCACAGAUUCGCCUCCCGCCCUGACCAUGGCUGUGGUGCCCUAGCAAGCACCUAACCCCCAAUUUUGCACAAAAUGGAUGGGUCACACAGCAGGACAUAAUUUCCCCUCUGGGAUCAAUAUAGUAUAUCCAAAAAAAAAAAAAAAAAAAAAAAAAAAAAGAAUUUACCAACCGUCUGGCAUUGGGCUUAAGUUUACUUGUGGUCAUUGGAGCUGUGAUCUUUCCUGUCUGGGGAAUUUAAACAGGGUUUAUUUUGCAGAUUGGUUGUUUUAUCCUAAGCCCACAUAUGCCAUGGCAAUGGCAUAUGUAGUGCACUGCUAUAGUUAUAGUUUUAACGUUUUAUUAUAUAUAUAUAUAUAUAUAGAAAUAAAUCAGAUGAAUGCUA